AUGUCAGACCAGAUUGACUCUACAAACAUCAGGAUGAAGCUCGACCCCAAGCAACUUACAGCCUUUCUGGCCGCCAACUCCACUGGCGUUGGUGUUCUGGUAUGCCCAGGUGGUGGCUACAGUGUGAUGUCUAUAAGCUACGAAGGGUUUGGCCCGGCAGAGUACCUCAGCACGCUUGGCAUCGACGCAUGGGUUCUUAACUACACAACGGCCAGCAUCAAAACACCGCCACUGUAUCCGACACCCAUGGACGAAGCCCUAGCUGCUAUCGACCUCAUUCGAAAGCAAAGCCCUGGAACCAAGAAAUUAGGUGUCAUGGGCUUCUCGGCAGGCGGUCAUCUCGCAGGAACAACACUCACGAAUCCGAAGGCAAAGCUCGACUUUGGUAUUCUGAGCUACCCGGUUAUCACCAUGGAGGACGACUACACCCACGAGAACUCACGAUAUAACUUGCUCGGAAACAACCCGACCCGCAAACAGAUCGAAAGUCUAUCCGUGCAGAAUCGGGUUUCGGACAAGACCCCGCCGACGUUCCUCUUCCAUACUUCUAAUGACGAACUCGUCCCGGUUCAGAACACAUAUCUUUAUGCAAAUGCUAUGGCUAAGCACGGUAGGAAGGUUCAGGUAGUGGUAUUGCCGGAUGGAAAACACGGCAUUGGUCUGGGCGUUGAUGAUCCUGUGCGAGACUGGAGACCGGAGCUGGAAAGAUUUCUCAAAUACUCGAUCUAA